GUGUAUAGUGUAAAUAUUUAAAACAAUUUAAAUACAACACAUUAAUAUGAAUUAUAUGUUUACAAACAACCUUCGUUUACGACACGAUGAAAAAUAUUAUUAUAUUAUUACUGUCGAUUAUAGAGGCAUAUUCAUUUGAACAAAAUUCAACUAAUCACAAAGGACUUAUAUAUAAUGGCGUUAAAUAUGAUCCUAAAGAAUUCCCAUACGUAGUGUCUAUUCUAAUAUAUAAUGAAACUAGACAAUCUCAUGACAUCUGCACAGGAGCAUUGAUAAGAACUUAUUUCGUUAUGACUGCUGCUCACUGUGUUUUCAAUAAGUCGCUUGAGGCUUUGGAAGUAUAUAGUGGACCAUAUGAUUAUAUAAAGUUUCAAAAUGUAGAAAAAUAUUACAUUCCCAAAAACUAUGACAAUGAUAGCCCUGCUGUAGUUGCAGACAUAUGUCUGUUGCAACUCAAAAACCCAUUCCCGACAGUCAAGAAAUUCAUAGAAAUUGGUGGCCAUCCGGAUGAAUUUGCCAACGACGCAGCCGUAAAAUGUACAAAUAUUGGCUUUGGUGGUAUAGAUAAUAAGGGAAAUAUGGGCUCAGAAGGCUUGAGAAUGGACACUAAAGUGAAAUAUGGUGAAAAUGCUUGUAAAGGUUAUCCUGCAAGUUGGAAAGAAUAUUUGUGUUCGGAAACUGGAACGCGGAAAAUGGCAUGUGAAGGAGAUAGCGGAGGUCCAAUGAUUUGCAACGGCAAGCUAUAUGGUGUAUGCAGUUUAUAUUAUAACUUCAAAAAGGGGAAGAAUGCAUGUGGAGGUUCGAACAUGCAGAAUGUGCAUAUAUUCCUAUACUUUUAUCAAACAUGGAUAAAUGAAAUAAUAGAUUGUAAAAAAGAUAAAGAUGAUAAAGAUGAUAAUAAUGAUAAAAAGACAAAAGAUAAGAAAAAGAAAAAAAAGAAGAAAAAGAAGAAAAAGAAAAAAAAUUCCGGGAAUUCGGUUACACCGCACCUAACAAUGUAUACAAUAUUAGCAAUAUUAUUUUGUUACUGUAUCAGCUAUUAAUUUAAAAUUUUAAAAUAACAAAAAUUAAAAAACAUAAUAUUUUUUAUCAAACAAAAUCGUGUUGAAUUAC